CAUAAUAACUGUUUCCGGGUAAAAUUUAGAUAUAUUUUCUUCGACCGUUGACGACUGCAUCAUCAUAUUUCUGGAGUUUUUCUGAUUUAGGUGAAGGAUGAAGUGAGCAACAUUGCAUUGACUGAUUGUACAAUAAGAAUUUUCCCAAGAUAUCUCCAAACUGACGACUGAUAGAUCACUACCUGUUUACCAUGCCAUUAGACAGCAAUAAGCCAGUGUCAAAGUCAAAAGGCAAUCGCCGUAGAAACCAGACAAGUGAGGAGGUGUCCACUCCGCCCAUGCUGAGGUUUGACUCGGAUGUAGAUAUGAUGCCUCCUCAGGUCAGGAAGAGAUUACAUGGUCUGUUUGCACAAAUUGAGAAGGAAUUUGAAACUCUGUAUGCUGAAAAUCUUGCUUUACAAGAAAGAUUAGAUGCCCAGAGUGAGCGACCAGAGACUACAAACAGGGAGCAGAGUUUGAUGGACAGCACUGAUAGUCCAGACGUCAGUCUCAAACCUAAACGUUCUGCUAGUCAGAUUUCUCAGAAAAUAAAAACAACAUACAAAGCUUCCACCAGUAAAUUUGUCUCCAGCUUCCGGAACUCAUCACUGCUGUUUUCUGUGGUUCGGAAAUUUGAAGGUCACCGAGACGGGAUAUGGGAGGUGAUGGUGUCUCGAGCCAACCAGCCUGGUCAACAGGUGCUUGGUACUGCUUCAGCAGAUCACUCAGCAAGAGUUUGGUCGAUACAGACCAAACAGUGUGUGCUGCAGUACCAGGGACAUCAGGGCUCAGUCAAUUCUAUCAGGUUCCACCCCGAGAGAGAGCUGGCCUUGACCUCAUCAGGAGACCACACAGCCCACAUCUGGGGGGCACAUGUAACCCUCCCAGAGACCAACAAACGGUUUGGUCGAGCAGUGUCUGUUGAGGAUGAUGUGGAAAACUCCGAGAAAGAAGAGCCUCCUGAAGCCGAGAGUGUUGAACAUACUUGGGAGGCUGCUAUUCUAAGGACCCCCUCCAUGGAGCUGACAGGUCACAGUGGGGUAGUGGUGGCAGCUGAUUGGAUGAUGGAAGGAAACCAAGUCAUCACUGCAUCAUGGGAUAGAACAGCCAUUUUAUUUGAUGCAGAAACUGGUGACCAAGUCACAUGUCUCACUGGCCAUGAUCAGGAGUUGACAGAUGUGCGAGCCCAUCACUCUCAGAGGCUGGUGGUGACCUCGUCCAAGGACACGACUUUCAGACUGUGGGACUUCCGUAGUCCCAGCAUGCAGGUCAAUGUCUGUCAAGGCCAUAACCAACCAGUGACGAGUGCUCUGUUUGCCGGCUCUGAUAAAGUGGUUUCUGGGAGCGAUGAUCGGACAGUGAAAGUGUGGGAUGUCAAGAACAUGAGGUCUCCCCUAGCAGCCAUUAGAAUCGACUCUUCCGUCAACAGACUUUCGGUCUCAUCAAGUCAGAAUCUGAUUGCCAUACCUCAUGACAACAGACACAUAAGAAUCUACGACAUCAAUGGGAACCGAAUAGGGCGACUUCCUCGAAGUAACAGACAGGGUCACAGUAAGAUGGUGACCUCCGUUGUUUGGACAGAGGACCAUCCACUGUGUAACUUAUUUUCGUGUGGAUUCGACAGGAAAGUGUUAGGCUGGAACAUCAACCUCCGAGAGAAGGACUAAUACAGGAAGUGUGAAGUCAGAUAAUGUGUGUACUGUUAUGUAAACCUACAAAUUCAAUACAGUGUAUAUUGCAUCAUCAAAUGUAUUGACUUCAAUUUGAACUCAUUUGAGAGAUGUUUUAUGAGAAGUAUUGGAUAAGUGCAAUAUUGAUUUUGUGUAUAUUCACGAUUUGGUUGUACAAUGUAAUGUUAGCUAGUGUUCCUCAAGUUUUUUUGUCCAUGUACACCAGCAGGUGCUUGUUCCGUACAUUGUAAGUUGUGACAGGUGCUUGUUCUGUACAUUGUAAGUUGUGACAGGUGCUUGUUCCGUACAUUGUAAGUUGUGACAAGUACUUGUUUUGUACAUUGCAAGUUGUGAUAGGUGCUUGUUCCAUACAUUGCAAGUUGUGACAGGUGCUUGUUCUGUACAUUGUAAGUUGUGACAGGUGCUUGUUCUGUACAUUGUAAGUUGUGACAAGUGCUUGUUCUUUACAUCAUAAGUUGUUACAGUAUUUAAUAUGUCUUCGUAAAAUCCACAACAAAGCAUAAUAUGUCAGGGAAUGAUUGAUUGAUUGAUUGAUUGGGAAUGUGAUCUUUACUGAUUUUACACGUACAAUUUUAUGUUCUUGUGUUGUUGGAUGCAUGUAGAUGUUCUGGGUUUCUUUCAAUAGAUAAGUGUAAUAACAAUUUGUGUUUGUAGCAAACUUGGGUGAUGCAUUAUAUAUGUCUCUGGGGAGAUGAUUUAUAACAACUCAAAACAAACUGGUAGUUAAUCAUCCCAGGGGCAUCACAGUAUUCAUUCAACUGGAUUUUUUUUUUAUUUUACAAAGAAUGUUAUGAUACUGAUUUUCGAGAUUUUAAAGGGUUUUUUUCUACUUUGAAAAGGAACAAAGGGUACUGAAUAAUAUAUCUUAUGCCACCCCCUACAAAUUAAAAUACUGCAGAUUUGACCAAAUAUUCUAGUUGUUUUUUGUUAUGCAGACAUUAUAUUUGUGACUUCAUGACAUAAUUUAGUCACUGAUACAGUUUCUGAUUUUUGAUAUCCUGAAACAUGUGCUGUGUCAGGAUAUAAAUCAAUUAAUAUUCAUUGAGUAAUUAAUUCAUACUGUUGAUUGUAAUUUAAUCAAAUUUAUACUGUUAAUUGUAGUUACAUCUAGUUCCUGCUGUUAAUUGUAAUUUAAUAAAAUCAUACUGUUAAUCAUAA